CGUGAUUUGACCUGACUCUGUGAAGUGUCGAUUUUGGAAGUCAAGGUAGUACAAAUAUCGAUUGAAAAAACCUUUCCCUUAAUUCCUGGAUUUUGUCCCGAUUCCAUUUUAACCACGUUAUUUUCAUGGGCACGAGAUGGGGCUUUUGUUCGCUAAAUUGUUCAGUUGGUUCAGCAAUGAGGGUAAGUAUAAUGCCUACGGUUGGCGUGCCCUUAGCUUGCCAGUAAAAAUAUCAAAGAGACAAAAUCCUGUUACAUGUAUGUCUUUGCUCUUUACUUAACCCUACAGGCUCUAUUCCAUUUUGGAUUUACUUUGGUCAUAUAUAUUUUAAUUGAAGAAGAUCGUUCUUCAUGGCGUUUUCUGAUGGGAAUCAUUAAGCUUGUCGGAACCUAUGUCUGUGUACGGUGUGCAUGGAUGUUACAAUAUGUGUGAAGAUUGAAAUUCGUCAAGGAACGAGUGAAAUUUUUGUUGUUGUUGUACUUUUUUUCGACGGAGAAGAGGUAGCGACGUAUUCUUGUGAACCUUAAGUACGUUUUAUUGUUUUCAACAAAGGAUGCUACCUAUUUAUUCAAUGUGAUUUCAAGGCCUUGCAUAUCUUACAAUGAAGUUGAUUUUUAAACAUUCCAUAUAUACGGUAUUUUGUCUCCUUAAAACGGUAAUAUAAACUGGGUAAACCGAUAUUUUGGUAAAGUGGAACCCAUGAACAACAUCAGUCCUGAAUUUGAGUAUUUACAAAUCGACUUUUACUCAAAUCUGUGUUGUAAGCUAAUGGAAAUUAGCUGUUAUUUCAAGUUUCUGUUUGUGGGGUUUCCCCAAUUAUACAAUUGUUUUGAAUGAACACGUAAGUCAAUGUGGAAAUAUUGUGAAGUAUGGGUAAAAUGAGUAAAUUCUGUUGAACUGAUUUCUCAUAUUCUUGAAUUCUUCUGAUUCUAGUUUUCUGUUGGCCGAAACUAAUACAAAUUUUUUGCAUCCAAAUUUUGGAAAUGAGCUCAAUUUUUUAAAUAACGACUUAUUGAUUAAGCCAUUAACCACUUUCAGAUCAUAUUCUAAAUGAACUGGUUCUCGCAUCAUAGAAUUAAACUUGAAAGUCUUUGAUGUCACAGAAACAUAAUCAGUUAGUAGUAAACAGUUAAGACUGGAAACUGUUGUUAUAAUAAAUUUUUUGAAUUGGAACAUAAUUCAUUUUUGCCUAAUAUAAAUAUAAAAUAAUAUAAUAUAAAAUCCGACUAGAGUGAGAACAAGAAUAUUAUAUUUCCAUUUCAGGAGAUACAAACUUUGUAACGUGAUGAGUGGUAUGAUUAUAUUAAAUUGUAGAGUAAAUUGUAAUGCAAAUAUCAAUUUUUAUUAUUUUCAGAACACAAGGUGAUCAUUGUGGGCUUAGAUAAUGCAGGAAAAACAACAAUUUUGUAUCAGUUGUAAGUAUCAAAAUUUAGGUUGAAAAUUAUAUUUUAGAUCUAUCAUGAUGUUUAUUUUUUUCAUUAUUGUCUUACAGUUUAAUGAGUGAGGUAGUUCAUACAUCACCAACAAUAGGCAGUAAUGUAGAAGAGGUAAGCCUAUAACAAUAAAGAUUUUGAAGAGUUGAGGGUAUUGAAAAUCCUGUGACAUUCAUGUACAUAUAGUUAGCUGCCUCCUAUUGACAGUACUACAGGUGGCAAGAUGAUUCUUUCAAGCUGUAUGGCAAAAUUUUCCAUUUGUUUUGAAAUGUGUAAAGGUUUUCAUCAAUUACUGUAAUUUGUGAAAUGUUUAUUGUUGGCUUCUUUUAACCUGUAAAUCCCAGGAGUGGUGAACAUGUGACUUCUUAUAAUAUCCAUACAAUAUCUUUACACUCUUCAGCAAACAAGUAAUGAGAAUACUUGGCUGUGAUCUAACAUUAAAUUCUUAUAUCUAAUUUAGAAGGUACUGUUUAUUAGCGAGAGGUGAGAGUUAACAAUCAGAUCUUAAGAGUUAAAGAGUUAAUUGGAAAGUAUUAGCCAACAUCUGUUGUUCUUAUACUCAAGGAAGGUCCAUUUAUCUAAAGGAAACUAUUUAAUGGGUUCAAGUUUAUUAGAUGGCCUAGAGAUUGUAAUUCAUUGUUUAUGUGCAGUGCAUGAUUGUUUGUACUCAUCUUUUCAAUAUUAGGUUGUAUGGAAAAAUAUUCAUUUCUUGAUGUGGGAUAUAGGAGGUCAAGAAUCACUCAGAUCAGCAUGGAACACAUAUUACACAAAUACAGAGGUAAACUAAACUUUAUAAUAUUCAGUAACUCCUUACAUAGUUUUCCUAAAUACAGUUAGUAAUUUGCAAAGUUCUCUUAACCGCUUUGUAGUACUUUCUGCUCUAAAUAGUUAAGGAUUUCUUGAUCAUCUUUUCCAUCAGAAAAUAGGUAAUUUUGAUCAAGUUGUAUUGUGUUUUCUCUUUCAGUUUUUAAUUUUAGUUGUAGAUAGUACUGAUAGGGAAAGACUUGCUGUAUCAAAAGCAGAACUUUACAACAUGUUAAAUCAUGAGGUAAGAUUGUUCAGCAAUGCAAAAGUAGCCAUCAUCAUUCAAAAUGCAUUGUGGUAAUUCAGUGGAGUGGGGAAUUGUCUUUUGGGAAAAAUUAGCCAAUCAGAACUCAGCUUUCAAUAAAUAAGUUGUAGCACUUCUGCCUCAUUAUGGUAAGCAUGAGCUGGGGGAGGGGGAAGACAAAGGAUCCACAACUGGCUCUGGAUGUCUUCAGAAUCAUCAUUUGUUAUGUUGUUCCUGACAUUGAAGUUAAUCCCAUUCCUACUAAAAUAAUACAGUAACUGAUCACAAGGUUAUAGAUUAUAAAGCUUUGUCUCUGCAUGCUCAUAAUCAUUUCAUUCAGACUUACUGGGACUUCUUCAGUGAACUGGAAGAAACAAAGCUGUCUUAUUGUGAGCAGUGAUGCUCUCCAGUUACAAGAGUGCACAGCUUUAUCUCUAUUUCUUUUCUCUUUUUUUCUUUUGCUGUAGGAUCUAAGACAAGCUGGGGUUCUUAUAUUUGCUAACAAACAAGACAUAAAGGUUUGUUCCUCUGUUGAAGCAGCUGCGUGAUAAAAAACUUGAUGUAAAAAUGUUGCAAUUCAAACACAAUUUGGUAAAUUUGUGAUAAACUGUGAACUUGAAUGAUAAUACUGUAUGAAUAAGAACUACUUUUUAACAGAGUAGAAAUCCUUAUGAUCUAACAUUAUUUACUUUGAAUAUAAAUGUAAUUGCUUUCUGACUCAGAGUUAUUUUCUUUCAGGGAUCAAUGAGUGUUGCAGAAAUAUCAGAACAAUUAAAUCUUACUUCAAUUAAGGACCAUGGAUGGCAUAUACAGGUAAAUUUUCACAAAGGGAAUUGAAUUGAUGAUGUUUUUGUUGAUAAUGUGUAUACUAAGCUAAAAGUAAUGUCAAAAAGGAGUUUUGUUGCUAAGUAAUUUCUUGUCUAUUUUUUUUAUUUCUUUUUAGGCAUGUUGCGCCCUUACAGGAGAAGGGUGAGUAAGCUGGUAACUUUGUUUAGUUCAGUUUGUAAUGCAUUGUACGACACAGUUUCAGUGUGAGCUCAAGUAAGGUGUUCAAUUCUUGGUUUAAUUUAUGCUAUUACUAUUGUAAAGAAAGAUCUGGUACAAAUAUGUCUCAUCUGUUUUUUCAUAAUAGUACAAAAAAUGUGUUAAUAGGAUGUAGGAGUCAAAUAGGAUCAUUAGCAUGGGAUCCUUAGCAUAGGAUCCUUAGUACCUAGGCAAGUGUGCACUAAAAAAAUAUUCUCAAACAAUGUGUUGUGAUUUUUUCUCUUUUCCAGAUUGUACCAGGGGCUUGAAUGGAUUACAAAUCAUAUUAGGAAGUAGACUUGUAUUCUCUAUUUAAUGCAAAUGUUUCAAUUUAUUUUAUAUAAAAAGCAGUUAAAUUUUUUACUGAAAUAAAUGUACAAUAAUAAAGCUAUCAUUUAUUUCUCUAUGUACAUUAGUCACUGAAUUGUUUCUUUUGUGUGGGAGUGACAUCUGGCUAGUUCUACUAAAUAUUUAAGCACUAUGACUGGGUAUGUUUUGUCUCCUUCCUGUAAGAAUGGUUAUCAAUUGGGGGAAUAACAAGUUAUUUUGCUGGGGACUGUUUCAUUUGUUCCAAUGCUAGCCAGGAAAACUGGUUUGAUCACAUGAAGUUGAAGCUUUAUGGUAAACUCCCUGGAAAAAAUAAAGUGAAGUGACAAACUCUUAUGGUUGAAGUGCUCUUUGUACAAAGUCAUAUAACUCAAAAACAUAUCUACUGCAUAAAAAGAGAAUAUUUUCAGAUAGGAAUAUUGAAGUUAAGCCAAACAAAAUGAUUAAAAGAAAUUGAGAAAUCUUUUUUUUAUUAUUGUUAGAGGGAAGUUUACCAGUAGCCAUCAGUUUUAUACCCAACACAAAUUUCCUGGCUUGUGUCCUACUUACAGCAGCUUAUAAUGUGUACAAAUAUGACUUAAUUCAUUUAGCUAUCAAACCAUUGUAAAUAAAAUUAGUUUCUUUUAGAAGUAAUUGAUAACAGUAAUUUUAUUUUGUCUCAGUAUGAGAUUGAAUAAACUCCUUAGACUUGAAAUAACUGUAGCUGUAACAUUGUUAAAAUUGUCAUUGAUGAGAAUUUUUCAGAAUGGUAUGUUGAAAAUACUUUAAGCAAAGGUGCUUUCUAUUGGACAAAAUUGUGAAUAAGUUGACCAGAAGCAAGUCAAUUUGAUAUAGUGUGUGCUUAAAUUACAACCUUUAGACCUCAAUCAUCAAUGCAAAUAUUUAUUAUCUAAAUGUAUGUCUGGACAUUCCUAGUUCUUUUGUUUGGGAGAAUAUUAUGUAUCCAAAUGAAAAAUUUUUUGCUCACUCUGGGAGAUUUGAUUCUGGUCACCUUGGGUCUUGAAAAAGCUUUCAACUGUUUGUGGGAGGCUGCCUUAAGUUUUUCAGUACAGUUUUAUCCAAAGUGCUGUAGACAAGACAAGGUAUAGCCUUGCACCAAAGGAUACUGUUUUUAAUUGAUGAAAGAGAGUAAUUCAUGAGUAUUGUGACUAGAAUGUGCAAUAGGAUUUGGAGGAAAACCUGUUGUUCGACUAAUGUAGAAAUCUUGAUCGAUAUACAGAAUCAUUCCAAAGAAGGUUUCUGGAAGAGUGUUGGAAGGAAAAAAAUCUGUGACUAUUUGUCUCAUCGUUCAUGGCUUAGGCUUCAUCCCGCCACCUUUCUCCGGUCAAUUUUAGUUUGGAGUACAAAGCGACGGAAUUAAGCAGGAAGGGAAAUAAUAUACUCUCUUAUGUAGUAGACCAGAUAUUGACUAUAUCCUAUACUUUCUAUUUUUUGUUCUGCGAGGAGAAUAAGACGAGAAUGUGAAGUCAGUGCAAAUACGCAGACCUACAAUUGCGUUUGCAGUUAGGUCAGAAAGUGUAAUUUCGUUUCGGUUUCUGUUUACAUAAUGUGUAAUCCUUAGCAAUGAACAAGACAUCUUGUAGCGCACUUUUAUUAUCCUUUCAGUAAAGAAUGUUUCACUUGACAAACGUUUGAAAAUAAAAUGUUUCAAA